AUGGCCUCGGGAGUGGGCGCGGCCUUCGAAGAGCUGCCUCACGACGGCACGUGUGACGAAUGCGAGCCCGACGAGGCUCCAGGUGCGGAGGAAGUGUGCAGAGAAUGUGGCUUCUGCUACUGCCAUCGCCACGCUGAGGUGCACAAGCAGAAGUUCCUCAGUCACCACCUAGCGGAAUACAUCCAUGGCGCUGGGGCCUGGACCUCGGGAGCCAAGCGGGAGGGCGAGGGGCAAGACAAAAUUGAAGGCAAGGCGGAGAAUGAGACUGAGAUAGAAAGCGAAGCGGGGGAAGAGAGUGAGUCCGACGAGGAGAGUGAAUCAGAAGAGAGCGAGAUCGAGGAGGAGAGUGAGGAUGACAGCGUUGAGGAGAGUGAAGAAGACAGCGAGGAAGAAAUGGAGGAUGAACAAGAAAGCGAGGCAGAGGAGGACAACCAGGAAGAAGGAGAAUCUGAGGCUGAGGGAGAAACAGAGGCUGAGAGUGAAUUCGAUCCAGAAAUAGAAAUGGAAGCAGAGAGAGUGGCCAAGAGAAAGUGCCCGGAUCAUGGGCUAGAUUUGAGCACCUAUUGCCAGGAAGAUAGGCAGCUCAUCUGUGUCCUGUGUCCGGUCAUUGGGGCUCAUCAGGGCCACCAGCUCUCCACCCUAGACGAAGCCUUCGAAGAACUAAGAAGCAAAGACUCAGGCGGACUGAAGGCGGCUAUGAUAGAGUUGGUGGAAAGGUUAAAAUUCAAGAGCUCAGACCCUAAAGAGCCAGCUGCCACUGAGAAUGCUUUUGUCCUCACGACCUGGAGUGUGAUCUGGGAAAUGGUUUAA